CAUUGGCUGUCGCGCCGUCGGUGGGCCGUGGCUACGGGAGCCGGGCGGGCACAUUUCGAACCGUGGCUGGGGCGGCGGCGGCGGCGGCGGCGGCUGAGACGGUGAAGGAUGCACCCGGCAGGCUUGGCGGCGGCGGGGACGCCCCGGCAGCCGUCCAAGCGGAGGAUCCCGGUGUCCCAGCCCGGCAUGGCCGACCCCCACCAGCUCUUCGAUGACACGAGUUCGGCCCAGAGCCGGGGCUACGGGGCCCAGCGGGCACCCAGCGGCCUGGGCUACCCUGCAGCCUCCGCCUCCCCCCCGGCUGCCUUCCUGGCGGAUCCCGUGUCCAACAUGGCCAUGGCCUAUGGCAGCAGCCUGGCCGCACAGGGCAAGGAGCUGGUGGAUAAGAACAUUGAUCGCUUCAUCCCCGUCACCAAGCUCAAGUACUACUUCGCUGUGGACACCAUGUAUGUGGGCAAAAAGCUGGGCCUGCUUUUCUUCCCCUUCCUGCACCAGGACUGGGAAGUGCAGUACCAGCAAGACACGCCGGUGGCCCCGCGCUUUGACGUCAACGCUCCUGACCUCUACAUUCCAGCUAUGGCUUUCAUCACUUAUGUCUUGGUGGCUGGCCUGGCGCUGGGGACCCAGGAUAGGUUCUCCCCAGACCUCCUCGGGCUGCAGGCAAGCUCCGCGUUGGCCUGGCUGACCUUGGAGGUGCUGGCCAUCCUGCUCAGUCUCUACCUGGUCACUGUCAACACUGACCUCACCACUAUCGAUCUGGUGGCCUUCUUGGGCUACAAAUACGUUGGGAUGAUUGGCGGGGUCCUUAUGGGCCUGCUCUUUGGGAAGAUUGGCUACUACCUGGUGCUGGGCUGGUGCUGCGUGUCUAUCUUUGUGUUCAUGAUCCGGACGCUGCGGCUGAAGAUCCUGGCGGAGGCAGCGGCCGAGGGCGUCCCGGUGCGCGGGGCCAGGAACCAGCUGCGCAUGUACCUGACAAUGGCCGUGGCGGCGGCGCAGCCCCUGCUCAUGUACUGGCUCACNGUUCCGGAAACAAUAAACCGUGAUGGGCACGGCGUGGGCAGCCUCUCCUUGGCGCGGCCGCCCGGCAGGGGGCAGGCCGGGCCCGGGAAGCGGGGCGGGCGGGGUGGGGCGCGGCCGGUACCCUACUUCGCGACCAGAAGGCGACCCGAGAGCCGAGCAAAGGUUUAAUGAGAUUCGCCCGGGCCCGUCAGCGAGGAGCCUCCUUCUUCGCCUUCCCUUUCUUCUCCUUUUUCACCUUGGGCUUCUUCACCUUGCCCGGCGCGCUUUUGUGCCCUUCCGAGGCGGCAGCGUGAGGCUGUGGGCGGAGGGGACGGAAGGGGACAGCGAGGGUUCUCCCGCUUAAAUGACUGCCGGGGACUCUCCCGCAUCCGGGGCGCCUGCUUGCGGGGAGCCUUACCUUUGCUUCCACGUCGGAGUCGCUGGAGCUGCUGCUGCUGGAGUCCGAGGAGCUGCGGUGACCGCGGCCCUGCUAGU